GUUGACCUCACGCGCACCUUCACCUUCCGCAACUCCAAGCAGACGUACACAGGAAUUCCCAUUAUAGUGGCAAACAUGGACACUGUGGGGACAUUUGAAAUGGCCGUGGUUAUGGCAAAACAUGCAAUGUUCACUGCAAUUCACAAGCAUUAUUCUCUGGAAGAAUGGAAACUGUUUGCUGCCAAUCACCCAGAAUGCCUUGAGCAUGUCGCAGCAAGCUCAGGUAGUGGAAAAGCUGAUUUGGACAAGUUAAAAAGUAUUCUAGAGGCCAUUCCACUUAUCAGAUACAUCUGCCUGGAUGUGGCAAAUGGCUAUUCAGAGCACUUUGUGGAGUUUGUGAAGUGUGUCCGUGCCCUGUUCCCACAUCACACCAUUAUGGCAGGCAAUGUAGUGACAGGAGAGAUGGUAGAAGAACUUAUUCUUUCCGGAGCAGAUAUUAUUAAAGUGGGUAUUGGACCAGGUUCUGUAUGUACCACUCGGAUUAAGACAGGGGUGGGCUAUCCACAGCUAAGUGCUGUUAUUGAGUGUGCAGACUCAGCACAUGGCUUGAAAGGACAUAUCAUCUCUGACGGAGGAUGCAGCUGCCCAGGAGAUGUCGCCAAAGCGUUUGGAGCCGGUGCUGACUUUGUCAUGCUUGGAGGAAUGUUUGCUGGCCAUGACCAGUGUGCUGGAGAGAUUAUGGAAAGGAAUGGCAAGAAGGUGAAACUGUUCUAUGGAAUGAGCUCUGAUACAGCCAUGAAGAAGCAUGCAGGAGGGGUUGCUGAAUACAGGGCUUCGGAGGGCAGAACUGUGGAGGUACCAUACAGAGGGGAUGUGGAAAACACCAUCCUGGACAUCCUCGGGGGGCUGCGCUCCACCUGCACCUACGUGGGAGCUGCCAAACUCAAGGAACUGAGCAGGAGAACAACGUUUAUCCGGGUCACCCAGCAGCACAGCCAGGUCUUCUCUUAGCCUAGGACUACGGGGCUGGAGAGAGGGGUGAGGGAAAGGAGCAGGAAGGGCUGCUGUUUUCCUUUGCUUUCUCCUCCAUGUUGUGUUAGUGGCAAACUUUCCUCUCUCUCAGAAUGACAGUGUCAUAGCCAUUGGAGAGGCUAUGGCUGGGAUUUGGAAGGGGAAGGGCAUGCUAUUAACACAGUGCCAUUGGUUUAAAAUGCAAUAGCCUCAUCUUUUAUUGUUGUGCCUAUCUUAUUUUUUAAUCAACGUUUCUUUACCUGUUUUUUUUCCCCUCUGAUAAAUAGCUGAUGAAACCUCAAUUAACAAGGAAUUGGCUUGUACAAACGUGGCUGUUAAUGCUCGCAGACAUUCACACAUUCCCUUUUUUAAGACUGACCUGUCAGCUACCACCACUUAUGGCAGUGCACCCUCGAAAAACUGUAGGCUGAGAGAGAAAAAGAUGCAAGUAAUUGCAUGGAGAAAUAAAAAAAUCACAUUCUGUUAAUCUUUGUUCUGCCCAAAGAGUGGGUGUUAGUGGCACAGCUGCCAGCCUGCAGAGUGUCAGAGGUGGAUGAGGCCUGGCUACUGGUGGCUUCUUAAUGUGAUGGUAAAAAUGCCAGAUCUCUUUUCCUUCUCAGUUCACAGGGCUAACAUUGCUAUUCUUACUUAAAUCUCCCUAUUCAAUGGACUUGCCUCUUCAGAGAAGCUGGCACUGAAUGUAGCAAACCCGUGCUGGCCCCCUGUCCCAAUCUAUGGAGAUCAUUCAGGAGAACACUUUUCAGAGCUUGCCUGCUUUUUCGUGAGUGCAGUUACUGAAUUACCUGGGUUUCUGCUUUUACCUGCUCUCUGUGGACAGAUUUUUAAGACAUUAAAACUUGGCAACUGUAACCCACCAGGGGGGGUUUUCUUGCAGCCCUCCCUGUUUCCUUGCCUGUUCACAUCCAUUUAGCAAAGAUGUACAAAUGCUGUGCUGUGCAUUGCCUGUGGCCAGGUGAAAGAGGCCAGAGAGAUCAAAUUGACUCUUGGUCAUUUGGUACCACUCCUUUGCAGUCCUUGACACCAUGGAAAGCAAAAGAGCUUUUGGCAGAACAGCUUGAUUGAUUGCAGGACACUGGCAGGCUGAAAUGGAGUUAAAGCAUUUGCUCCAAAGGCAGUAAUGAAUGUUUAAGACUCUGGGUAACACUUCAGUAAAGUGUAAUAGCCUGCUCAUUAAUUGAUAAAUCACAAUGAAGUUUCUUUGGAAAUACAUGUUGCAUCCACAUGAAUACUACAGUAUCUCGUUAUGGUAAGUGAUGUAAAAGUGAGCACCAAUGAAUUCAUAAUGCUUGACCACUUACCUUAAACUGCUGCUGAGAUCAUAAUGUGGCUGAUGUUACUUCAGUACUUCAGAGUCUUACUUUCCCCUCCUGUAGACAUCUGUGGAAAGUGGCAGGCUUCUUUUGAAAAGCAAAAAAGUGAUCUGUAGAAAAAGGAAUAGCAAAGAGAAACUCUAGAAUUAAACUCAUACACUGGACUGCUCAAAAAGCCAUGCACAAGGAUUGGUACAAUUGACCAUGUCAAGGAGCAAAUCUAGGCCACAAGCCGAUCCCUGGUGAUUUUGAACUGUGUUCUGCACAUUAGAAAAAGCACAGAAUAUCUUCUAAAUUGCCUGGUAUUUUAAAUGUCUUCCAUUUAACAUGUAGGACAUCUUAGUUGUGGGAUGACCCCUUCCUCUGCUUUGGAGGUGAAUAAGGGCCUUGAUGUGAGCACAGGUUAUGCUUGUGCUGGCUUUAAGGACUGUUUGUCCUGCUCACGUAUCAUAAAGAAAUGUGAAUGCAGAAGAGAAGCAGGCCUUAUGAAUACAGGCCCUGAUCUCUCUUCCCUCCAGCCUGGAAGCAUCAUGUUAAGAAGAUGCCAGGCCUCUUUACCAUAAACGCCGCCAGGAGCCACAUACUGCUCUUACCUGCACUAAGCCCAGAGUACAGGCAGUAUGACCUCUCUGCAUCAGUACGGCUGUAAGACAUCACUCUUCCUUUAUUGGUGUGAUGUAAAGGGUAGAGGGUACAAAAGACAGCAGACACCUCCUUCAGGAGUGGGGUUAGACCAUCACGGUGCAGGCCUGACCACAGGUGGGUCUCCACACUUGUGCCUUCAUAUGUGGGAAGUGCAGCAUUCUGCUGGUCUCAUGCCCACUCUCACUAGCGCUUUUCUACUUUUUUUAGCUACAUUUCUAAGUGGAUUUAAGAAAUACAUAUGCAUAUAAAUAUAUAUAUAUAUAUUUGUAAACAUUUUUUUAAAAGAUCAUAUGCACGCCAAACUGAGCAGGUUCAUGACAUGUCUUCAGAAGUUUCUUUUCCAAAGGGCAGGUGAUGGGGGCAAGGGGAGGCUGCCUCUCCGUGGGGUGUGGUAGAUGUGGAGCCCCUGCCCUGGGGCCACUCUUACACCUGCUUUCCUUCCCUUCCAGCACAUACCUCUGAUCAGUGACUAAUAGGAAAGGAGAGGGAUAGGCUAAUUUUAUGUUGUCCCCCAAAUUCUUCAGGCUGUGAACAACAUUGAUGCCACAAAUAGUGACUGAUAAAAGUUUUGACUUGGGAUAUUUGGUUUUCUGAAUAGCAGCUCUUACCAUCCUUUUGAUAAGCAGCACAUUUUCUUUCAUUUUCUUCUCUCUCCACAGUGAGCAGGAGAGAGAAAUGGGCUGCAGAAUGGCUGAGUUGGUGGCAUGUCUGCAUCUUGCCCAAUUGUAUGAGUUUUGUUCAGGGAUAGCCCUCGACUAUGUCAGCGCUCACCACUGACUCUGUACAUGUCCAGCUCUCAGGCUGGAAAAUGGGGGGAAAAAAAAAAAAGUGUCCUCCUUUAACACUCAGUUUUGUGCUGCAGUAGUUGCCCUUCAUUUAGACCUGGGUCCUGUACCCUGCUCAAGCCCACUGCCACUCCCACAAGGAACUGAGGCAGAGGGAUCUGGGAGCACACUAUGCCUGGCAGGAUGGUCCGAGCCAAGACCACGAUCACUGACAAAUGCCCUGUGCCAUUUGUGGAUCUACCUCACCUGCCCAUCUAACUGGGUUCUUUGUUACUUGGUGUCCUUCUGUGGGAAAUGAAAUUUGUAAGCGCUUAAUAAUGCUUAAUGUUGAGUGAUUCUGCAUAACCAGGUCCUCUCUAACCCUACCACCCCAAACCCAUCCUGUCUAGAGGAAUGCUGUGAGUGUGAUAGCCUGUGCUGUAGGCCAGGGUCAUACCUGCUUCCCCCAGUCAGGCAAUGGUUGAGCACCCAAGAGCAGUGUUGAGGUAUGGCCCACUGGCUCCACAGUGAUUUAGUUUAACACACCAAAGACCUACAAGCAGGGAUGCUGAAAAGGGCAACAUUACAUCAUUAAAGCAAUGCCUGCUGAGUAUGUCCAUCCUCUGGCGUCUUGAAAUAUAAAGAGACCUGUAACACCUCUGCUGCUCCCAGUCCUACUCUGGAGCUGCCUUGCUGCAGCAUCUUUCGGAGGGUGGGCUCCUGCGAACACAACCUGGCUAAUCACAACUGUCCUUGGGGAGGAAGGGCUUGGGAGGAAGGGCUUGGCACAGCAGCAGCCUUGCUCACACCUGAGUGACUGUGUGAUGGCUGUGAGGAGUGCACAUGUAGCCCUCCUUGUAGGUGUGGGGCCAGCUGUUAGAGAAGUGGGCCUUGAGCCAGCAUCCUGACAGGUGCAAAACAAGCCACACAGGUCUCCAUUCUGUGAAAGAAACACAUGCCCAUCUGCUCAUUGGAACAGCCAGCCCCUAUCAACCAUGAGACAGGGGCUUUGAUUGUGGCUUAGUGCAGCUUUCUUCUCCCUUAGGGCAUAGGGUGCCUCUGCAUUUGGGGGAGCUUUUCUCAUACAAAAUGUGCCUGUAUCUUUCUUUCAGCUAGUCAGUAGUGGGGCUAGAAAGAAUGGGGAUAAGGAAGAAACAGCAGCUAUUAGCCAAGCCCCACUGUGUCAGGACAGGGGCUCGCGGUUCUCAGUCAAGGACACAAUAAGAGUUUGCAACCUUUUCUGAACGAAGCACUCCUACUUUAUAUCUAUUGAACUCCACUCACUUGACAGACUUGCUGCUACAGCUUGCUGCCACAGCUUGCUGCCAGUGUAUGUACAGUGUCUAUCCAUCACCUAGGGGAUGGUGCUGUUUAGUUGCUAAUACCAGUUUUAUACCAGAAAUUCUUUGUUGAAGGCAGGAGUGCUUUUGGAACCAGGGCCAGGUUUGGUCUUGUGAUGAAGAGAGGGAAGGGGGCAAAAAGUAAAAAAAAAAAGCCAAGACCCCAGAACAGCAGUUUGCCUUACACAGCAGCCAGAUCCAGCAGGUGGGAGAGGGUUGGCCCUUCCCUCUGGAAUGGGAGCUGAUGGGGACAGAGGGGCCAAAGCAUGUCUCUGCUAGAUGCUGGCACAGCUCCAUACCCCUAAACAGACCAUGGACCACCCCCCUGCAGCCUUGGCUUCACUUGUGGUCACCCAGAUGUUUAAGCGAGCCCUCCCCAGCAUUUCUUUGACACAAUGUUUACUGGUUGAAGUUUUCAUACAUAAAUAAGUAAAUCAGAGUCCAAAAGUCCUUGGCGUUGCCUGCGAUAACUGUGAAAUGCUUCUGUAUAAUCUCCCAAAAAGAGCUGAUGAGCAUUCAGUGUUCCCCUGCCCUGCUUGGCCCUGCUGGGAUGGCAGGGAGAGCACUGCCUCCCACCCCUCUGCUGCGACACCCACGCGUGCACUGCGCAAUCAUUCAAACCGUUCAGAAGUUGUAAAUGGAAAGUUUUUGUUAUGCAAUAAAGAGCUUCACUCUAA